CAUUAAUACAAGACAUGGCAACCCUGGAGCCUACUAGAAAUACUUUCGGUUUUUCGCCAUGAGCUUCGGCUUUAAUUUUCUCCUGCCAGUGGGAAGGUUAAGCACUUUAUAGAGUCUGGGUUAUUGUUAUACGUUUUUAUAUAUGUAUUCUUGAACUUGUCAUGGAGUCAGAUGAGUGCGAGUGGGACUCUACAUGGGAGGAUGAAGACGAAAAUAAAACACCCAGAAAGAAGGUGUUGCAGAGAAGGAGUCAAAGGAAAAUUUAUGCAGCAAAGGACAUGCAAAACUUUCGACAUAGUUGCCGGAACCUUGAUGGUUAUAAAGAUGACCAUGAUAAACCAGGUCAAGGCCGCCUCUAUAACCUAGAGUUUUACCGUGGUCAAAUAAAAUCUUCCCCUGAUGAUGUUCACAUUGAUGAAUUUCAUCAGAAGUGGUGGGGUAAAUAUGACUUGCUGCAAGAUGUUCAGACCUUCACUCAGUGGCUGUUUCCACUACAAACGCAAGGGGUGAAUCCGAGUGCACAUGUGCUCACAAAAAAGGAAAUAAAGCUUUUCCGUAAGGAUAAACAACUAAAGAGUAAACUUGUGAAAUCAUAUAAGCUCAUGUUGGAUUUCUAUGGUAUACGUUUGGUCAAUGAAUCAACAGGAGAGGUGGCUUGUGCUUCUAACUGGGAGCAGCGCUUUAGAAACCUGAACAGGUAUUCAAACAACAACCUGCGCAUCACACGCAUCCUGAAGUGUUUGGGGACUCUAGGAUUGGAGCAUUACCAGGCCCCACUGGUCAAGUUUUACCUCCAAGAAACUCUUGUGAAGGGACAACUUCAAAAUGUGAAACAAAGUGUGCUAGAUUACUUCAUGUUUGCUAUUUUGGACAAGUCAGAGAGGAGAGAGCUAAUUAGAUUUGCCUUUAACCAUUUCAAGCCCCAAGAACAGUUUGUAUGGGGCCCCAAGAAGAUUCUGUCAGGUCAAGUGGUGCACUACAAAAAAGAAAACAUGGACCAGCCUAAAGAGAAUAAACAGAGUGGCAUUGCAGAAGAUCAGAAGAAAAGGGUGAAGCUCCAUGAGAGCAAACAUAAAAUGAAAAAAGUAGAUGCCAGUCAUCCUCCUGAAAAGAUGGAAAGUAAAAAAGAUCACCAAAAUAAGGAUGAGCCAGUUAUUCCAGACAAAUUGAUAGGAACAAAUAGUGACCAGGGAGCAAAUAAGAGCAGUCAAUGCAGCUCAGAAAAUAAAGGUGUAGAAAAGCUAUUUCAAGACAUGAGUCUUGGUGUUGGUGAUGAUGUCUGUAGUCCUCACCAAACUAAAGAGUCUUAUGAGAUGUCUGAAAUGUCUCAGUGACAGCGGUCUACAACAGUUCAAAGAAGGGGCUUCAUUUUUGUUGUCUGGUCUGACACGAGAAAUGAGGAAUGAAAACUUUGUAAUAAGAAAACUAAAAAGCACUUUAAAUGUUAGUCUCUGUAUUUCCAGUGUUCAUGUUAGGUUUAAAUUACAGAAAAUAUCUUGGAAUAUCCUUUAUAA